AUGACCAAUGUGACGCUAGAAGAGUGCGCAGAUGCUGCGGAUGAGCUCUCGUUGCGAGUGUUUGUCUACUUCCUGGACAGUAUGACCUGCAAUGCGGGGGAUGUGUUGAUUGGCUCAACGAAUUAUGGAAUGACCACUAGCUGUAAGCGAGCGGAGAAAUAGUUAAUCAUGAUUUUAAUAGCGCAAGAUUUUGUGAAUGCGACGACCUUUAUGCGAUCGACCAGGAGGAAUUGCAAUUGUAUGACCGGAAAGGAAACCGAGCUGAAGAUUGCGGACUUGAGUAAGCGAUAUUAAAAAUUGAAGAAGUGUAAGGGUCUUACAUAAAACGUGAAGGAAAGUCGGAGGCUACAAUUUCCGGCGGAGGCGGCGCAGAGACUUCGUUUUUGGAAUACGUAUUUUUAGCGACAUUAGUUUUUGUCUACAAAAUAGCAAGGUUUUAAAAUGCAAACUGAGGUCGCUACGACCUUCUGAAGUAGGGGUAUUACUACCCCGGAAACCAGUGCUUUUCGGUUGAAAAUCACCGAUAAAUGUCGGAUUUUUUCGGAGUUUUCGAUAAGGUUGAUGAUGAGAACAAAGAAGGAGAUGGCAAAAACGUUGCAAGUUUUACAAAAAUUCGGCUACACUUCAUUUGGGGCGGAUUUCAUUUGGGGGCUCUCCUUUGAGGAUUUGGGGAACAUGGAUUGGCAAGCUAUUGUACCAGACAGGCUUUGAGGUCUCAAAAAAAGGAUGCUAAAAUGGUUGGAAGUGUCAGAGAGCAGAAAUGACAGCCAAAUUUUUUAAAUGGCUUUCCAAAAACGCGGAAAGGCUAGGCAAAAAGUGAGGAUGAAGGGCAGCGCAAUGUUUACAUUUUUGUCCAUAUUUUUGCCAGCUAUGUAAAGAAGAGAUUGAUUUUUUGCGGAAAGAUUACUCUUUGCAGUAGAAAAUUUAUGAAAAGAUAUAAUUAAUGUUAACUUUUCUUCGAACUAAAAAUCUUGGCUAUUUCUGAUCUUUCGACUAAAAAUCUUGGUUGUGUCUGCAAAACCCGAGUCAGGAGUCUGGCGUGUCUUAAAAAAUUAUUCUAGAUUUAUGCCAAGUCUCUUCAAAAUCUAAGCGUCGCAAGUGGUGUGCUUCCGCUAUUUGUAGGCUUCUGUAAAGAUACGACAAAAUUUCAUCAUCCCGUUUUGCAAUUUUCUUUUGAUUUUUUAUUUUUUUUCAUUCUUCAAAUGAGAGGCUAAAUCGAACCACAAUCGUUAUUUCAGCCUACGGUGACAAUAUAUGCCCAGCAGGGGAAGAAAUGGGCUUUGAGACGAAUACUUCGUUGUGUCUCCGAAAUGUAAGCGAUAUUGUCACUCUUAGCUGAUAUUCAUUUCCUUUAGUCCUCCUCAAUUUUCAACCAAAAAUAUUACAACUUCCGAAACAGCAUUCAAGCCAACCUGCUGCAACGAGUUUUGAAUCGAAGCCGUAAGUUUUUUUUACAUAAUCUCAUCAAUGUCAUCACCGUAUUUUACAAAUUCAACCAAUUUUUUAGAAGCCACAAAGAUCACGGAUUACUACUGCGACUACGAUGUAGGCUUUGUCACUUUAUUUGACGGAGCUGCGUAUUGCUACAUGAAAGAGUCGAUGAACUUGACCUCGUCAAGUAUUUUAAUCCAAAAUGGGUGUGCCAGUAGGAUGACAAACUCAACGCCGGUCACAUUCUUUCAUCCGCUGGUGAGGGGGCUGUUAGUCAGUAAGUUCGCGAUGUAAAAGAUGGUCUAUGGAAUUUCAAACUAUUAUAUAUAUUAUAGUAUUUCUGCUCAUUUCCUUUCAAUGGUUUUUAUCGAAAGGGAACCUUUUUUGGAAACUCCGCCAACAAAUCAUUUGCUAGCAAAAAACGGUGUUUUGCAAACACAAGACAUUCAACAGUUUUGCAAACGAAACCAUGGUAAUCUGGGGUAACAUGCACAGAAAAACAGCUGUUUUUUUAAAUUAUAGCUUUUUAAAAAAAUCAAAACAAGUACUUUGAAUCUCGCUUUUACGACUUGAAAGACGAAAUGUCACAGAAUUUUGUGUUCUCCCACGCCCUUAAAAUAAAAUAGAAAUGAUUUUAAAACUGCUGAAAAUCAACUUUACAAUCUGCUUGAUUAUUUUGAACUGUUUUGAAAAACUCCUUUCUUAGAAAGAGGGAUAACAAAAAUUCUGCGAAAUUUCGUCUUCUAGGCGGUAAAAGCGGUAUUCAAAUGCAGUUGUAUGUAUUACUCCUUUAAAAGAAGCGGAAAAAAUUGGCUAGGACGCCGUACAUUAUUUACCUAAAGGCCGUAUAGCUGCUACUUUUGCAUGGUUUUUCUGGCUGGAAAACGAAAAAUCAAAAAAAAGAUCUCUGUCUAUUGUCAUGAAACAUUCUCGAGCUCGAAAAAAAUUCUUAUUCCUUCGCUUUUAUGUACACAAAAAUACACAAUCUGUUUUUUUUUUCUGGGUUGUCUGUACACAUUCAUUUUCUAAAUUUCGUUUUUAUCUAUUAUAUAAUCAAGGUAUUUUACCUGCUCUUUUCAGUGUACACAUUCGGAAAGGCCGUACCGGGAGUUGUCCGGAAUGGGAAGACGUUCACUUACUGGGACAACUCAACCGUCCCAUCCAGUGAGCUCAAUUGGAUGAAUGGCUACCCAACAAGUGGAGGGGAUCUAGUUCGAGUUGACAAAUCGACUUUUGAGAUCUAUAACACUGGUGCCGUCAACGACAGCUACUUGUCUUGCAUUGGGCCGGCGUUGAAGAGAAGUUAA